AUGCGUGGGGACCCCCGGUAUCAGCUCUGGGACGGGCCCCCCAGUGGGCUGCCAUUGGUUCCUCCGGGAAUCCCCGAGCCGCACCGGGCUGGGGAACAUGCGGCCGUGAGGGAGGAUGUUGGGAAGUGCCCCAGGACAAGAAGCCCCCUGGCGCGUCUCCAACAUCAGUUCCAGCAACCGCUGGCCACUAAGGAGCAGAGGGCAGCCACUAUAGGCAUCCGCGUCUACGCCCCCCUGGCGACCCAACGCCUCCCACGGCCCGAUAGAAACGGCGCAACGCGCACCCGUCGCAGCUCCCGCAGAAGCAGCUCCAGGUCCUCAUGGUCCUUUAAGGGGCCUUCCAAGACGCCCUUGCCUGGCACCGCCCAACACCACGCCAGAAGCAGUCCAGUCCGGCUCAGUGGGAGCUCCCCGCAAGAGAGCCGGCGGCCACUCCUCCCCGGGGCGGUGCCGCAGAUGCGCACCGCUAAAAACCACCGGGCGGGAGGCCGCCCACCGCCCGGCCGGAGGAACAGCUCCCGGCGGGCUGCGUUGCCCUGCCAGCGGCCGCGGCCGGUCCGCGCGUGGGAGGCAAAGGGGGGGCCGUGGGCCCAGGGGGUUCCGGGUGCCCGCGGCUUUGAUCCCCGCCCGCGCGCUCCACCCUGGCGGGGGCCCCGCCUCCCAACUCCGCACCCCAAGAUGGUCCUACAAGGGGCCUUCGACCCCCACUUGCUGACGCCCAAACAAAAAAGGCCCAAGCCAGAACGCAGUCCAGGUCUCGGGGGGGAGUUCCCCCAACGCCCGAGGGGCGGGCCUCCCCGGGCGGGGCCGCAGAUGCCGCACCGCCUAAACCACCGACCGGGACGGAGGCGCCCCGCCCGCGAAGGAACAGUCCCCCCGGCGAGGCGUGCGCGGCGGCGGCGUCCGGCGUGGGAGGGCAAAGGGGCGCGUGCCAGGGGGGUCCGGCGGUUGCCGGGCGGCUUUUUCUGUCCGCCGCCGCUCUCCACCUUGGGCCGGCCUCCUCCCCACCAAGCUUCCCCCCCAGAUGGUCCUUAA